AUGGCCACGCCGGCCGGCGCCGCUGAUGCGGCAGUCCCGGGCCCGGCUGCCGGUGGAGCAGUCCCCGCCGACCCCAAUGCCACACCCGAGGCUCCCAAGAGGGCGUGGUGGAAGCUCAGCGCCAAGAACGUCGCGACUCUGCGCAAUUUCAUUAGGAUCUUGUCCUACGGUACCUGGUAUGAUAAGCUCAUCAUCGUGCUGUCGGUGUUGGGUGCCAUCGGCGCUGGUCUUACCAUGCCGGUGAUGAACAUUGUGUUUGGACAACUCGUCGGGACCUUUACCGGUUUCUUCAAACAAGGCACGUCAGAGACUCAGGAGGAAUUCACGCGUACCGUCAACCAGGGCGUGCUGUACAUCGUCUAUCUCUUCAUCGCGAGACUAAUCCUGACCUACCUCUCCAACCUUGGUUUCCGCAUGACGAGUAUCCGCAUCUCCGCCGCAAUCCGCCUGGCCUACCUCCGCUCCAUCUUCGACCUCCCGAUCUCGAUGCUAGACAUGCUGGCCCCAGGACAAACGGCCGCCAUCAUUACCAUCACCGCCAGCAUCCUGCAGCUCGGCAUUUCCGAGAAGCUGGGCACCUUUUUCUCCAGUCUGGCCACCGUCAUCGCCGGCUUCGUCAUCGCCUUCGCAUACAACUGGCUGCUCACGCUGACGACUGCUUCGGGCUUGGUUUUCAUUCUCUUCGUCUACAUGUUCACCACGCCGCCCAUCAUCACGCGCCUCAAGGACGUCCAGGACAUGGACAUCCAGGCUGCCUCCGUCGCCACCGAGGCUUUCAGCUCCAUCAGGAUGCUGGCUGCGUGCGGUGCCGAGUUCAAGAUGCUGGAGAAGUACGGCAUCCUCGCCGAUCAGUCGAGACAGCGGGGAGCGAGCAUGGCAUGGCUGAUUGCGUUCCAGCAGGGACUAAUCUUUUUCGGAAUCUAUGCGACGUUUGCGCUAUCCUUCUGGUACGCGUUCAGGAUGUACACCAUGAUGGCCUUGACCACCCCGGCGUCCCUCAUCGUCGUUCUUCUCUGCAUCAUGAUGAUGGCCUCGUCCGUCGGCCAGCUCACUGCCCCUCUGUCAGCGGCGUCUCAGGCAGCUGACGCUAACGGCAUCUUCCACACCAUCAUCGACGCCCCGAAGCCGACAUACGGCAAGAUCACUGGCCCCGAGGCGUCCGCCGAGGGUGACAUCGUCUUCCAAAACGUAAACUUUGUCUACCCCAAGCGGCCCGACGUCAAGAUCCUCGGCAACCUGUGCCUCACCUUCCCUGCCGGCAAGGUCACUGCUAUCGUCGGCCCUUCUGGCUCUGGAAAGAGUACCAUUGUCGGUAUCUUGGAGCGCUGGUAUGAGUUUAACGGAGAUUUGCAGACCAAUCAGCUGGUUCUGUGGCUCAGAAACGGCAUCAUCAGCUGCGGAGGUCGCCUCCUCAGCGAGAUCGAACCCAAAUGGUGGCGCAGCCAAAUCGGUCUGGUCCAGCAAGACAACGCCCUCUUCAACACCACCAUCUUCAAGAACGUCGAGUAUGGUCUCAUCGGUACCGAGUGGGAACACGAGGACCACGCCAUCAAGGCCAGACUCAUCAAGGAAGCAUGCAGGGACGCCUUCGCCGACGAGUUCAUCAGCCGUCUCCCCGAGGGCUACCAAACUGAAGUCGGCGACGCAGGCAUCAAGCUUAGCGGUGGCCAGCGUCAACGUCUUGCCAUCGCCCGUGCCAUCGUCAAGCAGCCCAAGAUCCUCAUCCUCGAUGAAGCCACCUCCGCUAUCGACGUCCGUUCCGAGCAGAUUGUCCAAGCCGCCUUGGACCGCGCCUGCCGCGGUCGCACCACCAUCAUCAUUGCUCAUCGUCUAGGAACCAUCAAGAAGGCUGAUAACAUCAUCCUCCUCCGUAAAGGACAGGUCGUACAACAGGGCACACACACGGAACUCAUGUCCCAGAUCGACGGACCGUAUCACCUUCUCGCUACCGCGCAGAAGCUGGACAUGGGUGUCGAGGAAGAUGAUGACAUCCUCUUUGGCGACCUCAGCUGGAGACGCCCCGAACCCGAGAGAAACUCUGUCCGCAAGUCGCUUCCCUACGGCAGCAGCACUGGAGACCUUACCGAGAAGCGACCCAGUACCGAUGCUGGCUCUUCUGGAGACAGCAACCCGGUCACUGAGCGCGAUGGCUCUGACGAGGAGCUUGAGCGCGGCGAGGGUGCGUUGAGAGUCGUCAAGGAGCCCACCGGUCUGCUUGCUCGAUGGAGGGCCUGGCGCUUGUUUGGAAGCUUCGGCCAGUUGCUCGGCGAGCAGAAGAAGCGGUGGAAGACGUACGUCGUGAUUGCGUUCGCCGCACUCGGUGCCGGAGCCAGCACCCCCGUGCAAGCCUACCUCUUUGCCGUCCUCGUGUCUCUCUUCUCGUACUGGGGAACGUUCCUCCGCGUCAUCGCCAACCACUGGUGCAUCAUGUUCGUCUACCUCGCCGCGGGCGUCGGAGUGUCCCACUUCCUCCUCGGCUGGGCGACCACCACCAUCGGCUUCGGCAUCACCCGCGUCUACCGCAAGGAAUACUUCCGCAACAUCCUCAACAAGCCGUCUGCCUUCUUCGACAUUGAGGAAAACAACGCCGGUGCCCUCACGGCCCGCCUCGCCAUCGACCCGACCAUGCUGCAGCAGCUUCUCGGCACCAACAUGGCCUUUGUCCUCAUCUCUUUGUUCAACGUCAUCGGCUGCAUCGUCGUCGGUCUCGUCUUCGGCUGGAAGCUCACGCUCGUCGCUCUGGGGACAUCCAUGCCCAUCAUCGUCGCAGCCAUGUUCUACCGCGUACGCCACGAGACUCAGUUUGAGGAGGCCAACAACGCCGUCUUUGCCGAGAGCGCCAAGUUCGCGUCAGAGAGCAUCGGCGCCAUCCGCACCGUUUCCAGCUUGACCAUGGAGGAGGGUAUCUGCCAGCGUUACAACCAGUUGCUCAACGACCACACCAAGGAUGCGUUCCGCAAGUCGAGGUUCAGCGUGUUGCUGUUCUCCUUCAGCGACAGUAUCUCUCUGCUCUGCAUGGCGUUCGUGCUUUGGUACGGAGGCCGCUUGCUUUCCGACCACGAGUACACUCCUUUCCAGUACAUGGUUGUUUACAUUGCUGUUGUCCAGGGUGGCAUGAGCGCCGGCCAGUGGCUCAGUUUCGGACCCAAUAUUGCCAAAGCAAAGACUGCCGCCGACCGCAUUCUCGCCAUGCGCGAUAACGAUGAGUAUGAGACAAACCCCGCCGGCCGCAUCAGUGACAUCGUGCCAUAUGAGGUUCACUACGAGAAGGGCGUCGAAAUCGACUUCAGGGAUGUCUGGUUCAGCUACCCGACGCGCCCGACUCCCGUCUUGAAGGGUCUUGAUCUGCACAUCGAGCGUGGCCAGUUCGCCGCCAUUGUCGGCCCCUCCGGCUCCGGAAAGACAACCAUUAUUUCCCUCCUGGAGCGCUUCUACACUUUGCAGGAGGGUCAGAUCAGCUACAACGGUCACGACAUCAACACCCUCGAACUCAACAAGUACCGUCAGAACAUCUCCCUGGUCGCACAGGAGCCUUCGCUCUUCACCGGUACCAUCCGUGAUAAUAUCCUCCUCGGCAUCGAAGACGAGUCUUCUGUUUCAGACGAGGCGAUCCAUGCCGCUGCAAAGGACGCCGGUAUCCACGAGUUCGUCAUGUCUCUGCCAGAGGGAUACAACACCGCCGUGGGACAAGCCGGUGUCGCCCUCUCCGGCGGCCAAAAGCAGCGUGUGUCCAUCGCAAGAGCUCUCAUCCGCCGCCCUUCGCUGCUUCUCCUCGACGAGGCGACGAGUUCGUUGGACAGCGAGACAGAGCGCGCGGUGCAGGCCGUCUUUGACGCCACCAAGGGCAGCAGGACGAUGAUUAUGGUCGCGCAUCGUCUCGCCACCGUGCAGAACGCCGACGUAAUUUUCGUAAUGGCGGAUGGCAAGGUCGUUGAGAGAGGUGACCACGCAAGUUUAAUCGCCGAGAGGGGUGUCUAUUUCCAGAUGUGUCAAUCACAGGCGUUGGACAAGUAA